GCCCUAAGCCUUCCUUCGGCCGCACGGAAGAGCGAGCGGGAGAGCGAUCGGGGGGCGCCAUCGGGGCGGUGAGGCGAGAGGGGCGCGGAGCAGGGCGGAUCGAGCUCGGGCCCUCGCCUCCCGGCCGACUGGACACCGUUCGCUCUAACGGAGAUGGACGUGCUCUAAUCUCCAUCGAGUCAAAGAAUGGCCGCUAGCCGGGAGCAUCCCACGGAGGACGGACAGGUUCCCUUGGGCAUUGAUGAUCUGCACUUUUCACUGCAAGCCGAGCAGGAGGACACCCAGAAGAAAACCUUCACCUGCUGGAUAAACUCGCAGCUGGCAAAGCACACACCUCCCUCGGCUAUAUCUGACUUAUUCGCAGACAUCAAGAAGGGCCAUGUCCUCCUUGACCUGUUGGAAGUCCUCUCUGGGCAGCAGCUGCCUCGGGAUAAAGGAUCUAACACAUUCCAGUGUAGAAUCAACAUAGAACAUGCCCUGACAUUCCUGAAGAACCGAUCGAUCAAGCUGAUAAAUAUCCACGUUGCUGACAUUGUGGAAGGCAACCCAUCCAUUAUUCUUGGCCUGAUCUGGACCAUCAUCCUGCACUUCCAUAUUGAGGAACUUGCUCGGACUCUGUCUUGUGAUUACAACCAACCAUCACCGGAGGUCGUGAGUGUGGCCGACUCAUCUCCCACGUCGAGUCCUCCCGCUAAGAAGAGCUCCAAAGCGGAAGCCCAAGCAAGAUGGCAGUUGUCCGCAAAGAAGGCUCUUCUCCAGUGGGCUCAGCAGCAGUGUGCCGCGUCUGAGGCUGUCAACGUCACAGAUUUUAAGUCAAGCUGGAGGAAUGGGAUGGCCUUUUUGGCUGUCAUUCAUGCCUUGCGACCAGACCUGAUUGACAUGGAUAGCAUGAGGCACAGGUCCAACAAGGACAAUCUGAAAGAGGCCUUCAGGAUCGCAGAGCACGAGCUGAAGAUCCCCAGGCUGCUGGAACCGGAAGACGUUGAUGUCAUGAAUCCCGACGAGAAGUCCAUCAUGACUUACGUGGCACAGUUCCUGAAGUAUUCAAAGGAUGCGCCUGGCCCUGGAGGCUUAGCUCAGGCCAAGGUGAAGGAUGCGAUGGUCUGGCUAACUCUGCAGGAGAAGAAAGUACAGAAGAUGCUGAAGGAUUCAGCAAGCCAGACCUACUGUAACCGGUAUCAGAGUCUGCUCUCCUUUAUGGAGUCGUUGAAUGAAGAAAAGGAACCCUUUGUGGAUGUCCUGUCACCGAAAGAGAACAUGAACGAGGAUCAGUUACGGCUGACACAAAGCUGGACCGGCCUCAUGCACCAGAUUGCUGCGUGGAAAGCCCAGCUGGAUGACACGUUGCCUUCACCGCUCAAGGAGACGGAAGCCUGGCUCAAGGAUGUGGAGGGGCUUGUGGAGGAAGGGCUGCCCACCUCUCAGAAUUCCUCUGAGGCCUUGACUCUGAUCCGAGGGAAAAUGUCUUUGUUCAAGAGCCUGAUGGGCAGCUUUGACUAUCACUCAAAUAUUCUUUCGGCCUUUGAAAACGGUGAUGAGAAUGGCCUGCCAGUUGUGCCACCUGAUAAACUGGAGGAGAUGAAAAGACGAAUCAACAACAUUUUGGGUAGCAAAUUCAUCCCGCUGCUGGAGUUUCACGACUCCAGGUGCUCAGUUCUUGCUCUGCUAGAUGAAGCGAAGGCAAAGUUGGACACUUGGAACGUGGCGUACGGGAACAAGGAGUCCGUGGAAGUCCUCCUGGAAGACUGGCGUGAAUUUAUUGAAGAGAAAAAGUUCCUCACUCAACUUGAUACUUCUUUUCAAAAGUGUGAAGAAAUGUGUAAGAGUUUGGCUGGAGAAUGUGAGAGUAUUAAAGAGGAGUGUGGGACGUUGGGAAAGGUCGUUCACACGUACAGAGAGCGCAUACAUGACACGAAGGCCAUGCUGCAAAGAGUCCUGGCGUGUUGGGCAGCUUACGAGGAGGACCUCCCUCUACUGAAGGCGUCUUUUGAGGUGACAAAGAAGGAAGAGAUUAAAGAGGUUCCCUUUGAGACCCUCUCCCAGUGGAAUGCGAAAUACACUUCUCUAAACGAGGCGGGGAGUUUCCUCAUUGAAGUCAGCAGUGGCGAAGUUGGGUCGUCUGUUUCCAAAGAACUGAGAAGGCUGAAUAAAAGGUGGCGAAAGUUCAUCACAAAAACUCCACUCGAACUGAAAGCGCCACUUAUGAAAAUUCAGAAUCAGGCCCCUGGGGACAGCUCUGGAAGAGUUCUGUCUAUGGAAUCAGCUAUGUCAGCAGAACCUGGUGAAAAUCAUGGUGAGGACAUAAAGGCUGUGGGAAGGCCAGCUGGACAAUUGAAAGUGAACGAAGAGGUUGAGAGGCUCAUCAAACAGGUGAAAGCGUGGGAGGCUGAAACCAAAUCCGUCCUGGAUCUCCAUCGCCGUGGAGCUGAUGCAGAUGGCUCGCAGGUGGACACAUUGCAGCAUCUUGUUGCUAAAGGCUCUAUGUAUGAAGAACUCCUGGCCAGAACCAAAGAUGGUUUACAGAUGGAUGUUCAAAGUGCUUCGAACUUGGAGUCCUUCCAAAACGUCCUCAGAGCUGGCCUUCAGGCAAAAAUCCAGGAAGCUGAGGAAGGAGUCCAGAUCACCAUGGUAGAGUUGUCCACUGUGUUGAAGAACUUGACUGAUGAAUCACAGGAGCUAGACUUGAGGCUAAAGGUGGAGGAGGCAGAAAAGGAGCUUGAGUCCUACAUCGCUCGAGCUGAGCAGUUACUUGAGCAGAGAGAGCGCCCUGGUGGACUUGUUUCAAAGUACAAGGAAGCUUUGGAAAUUUUUAACACCAAUAGUCUGGCCAAGUUUCUGCAGGCUAUUGGAGAACUGAGGCGUAAUGUCCCAGGUGAUGCGAAGCUGCUCCUGGAAGAACGGAGGCGGGAUGCGUGUGCCAAGUGGGAGCCUCUCCAUCAUGGGAUUUCUUUGUAUAUCCAACAACUGAAAAUAGACAUUGAAGAAGGCAAGCUCAGAGACAAUAUUGCAAAACUCGAGAAGCAAAUCAAUAAAGAAAAGAAGCUUCUCCGUAGAGGGAGGACCAGGGGCCUCACCAAGGAACACGAGGCUUUCUUUUCUCCGGAAAGUAUCGCGAGCCAGCUAGAACAGCAUGUGGGGGUCUUGAGGGCGCUGUGUGAAGAGCUGACCUCACCCGAGGACCGACAAGAGCUGAGGAGAACACUCAGAGAUUACGAACAGAAGAUAGAGAGACUUCUGAAAUGCGCUGCUGAGAUCCACGUGAGCCUGCAGUCCUCCCGGGCAGGGCCACCGAAGGAGAGGGGUGCCUUGGCUACAACUGAGAACGGCAGAAGGGAUGCUCACGACGAGGCACCGCGUGAGACACCAGAUAACCAGCUGUCAACCGAAAAGGCAAUGGGACCCAUUAAGAAUUUACGCCAGGUAUCAGAGUUAAAGCCUCAGCAAGAAGAAAGCAUUGUGGAGAAGGAAGGAAAGGAUGGCAGUGCUUCUCUAAAUGACCUACAGGAGAGGUAUGAUAAACAAAGGGAGAUUCUUGAACGGCGCCUGCAAGACAGCAAAACCAGGGCUACCUCCGACUUUCCCAGUGAGAGUGAACGGAGCAGUUCGUGCCUGCGGGGCAAACGGAAGGAACUGCAGGUCUUACAGGCUGACACGGAUGCCUGCUGGGAUGAGUUUGAGGUCGCUUCCCUGAACCUAGAAAGCCUGGUGAGCGACUCGGAGAAGGCGACGCUAGCCCAGGCGCGAGACUUCUUAAAGGGGAAAGAACACGAACUUCAAGUGCUUCUUAACGCCAGAAUGGAGUCACUGGAGAUGGCCCUGCAGAUCUUGUUACCCCUGGAGAAGGAGUGUGCUCGCCUGUGUGCCUCUGACCUGCCCUUCUGCACAGUGGCUCUCCUGGACCUGUGUCCCGUUGACAUCGAUGGCCUCUAUCAGAACCUGCAGGACAGGAGAGAUUCUAUAGCAAAGCAGAUCAGAAUAUGUGCCAAUCUGAAAGAGCCAAGUGACUCCGUACCGAGGGCGCUACACACGCUAGAUCAGCGUGCAGUAGGGGAGAUAGCGCUGACAUGCAGACACCAGCUGGAGCUCGUGAACCAGAAGGCAGAGAUGAGGGAAGCUGCCCUGGAGGCCCUGGAAGGCUUUUUGGCUUCUCUGAGAGCAGCUAAGCUCGCUGCUGAGCUCCCCGCAGACCCCCCUGCCUCCAAUGCACCAGAACAUGCUCUGGCGGGGAGAGCUAUUGAGGAAGACCUCCUCCAGAUGAGAGAGGAGGCCGGGCCUUUGGACGAACGCCUGAGGACGCUUGGCAUCAUCCUUAAAGAUGCCGAGGGCCGGGAGAACACCACCUGUGAGGGACUUCUCCGUGCUUUGUCAGGAACGUCGCCAGCCGUGCGAGGCCGGAGUAAAGAGGAGGGUCUUACUGAGGACAGGAAGUUCCUGGAAGCUUGCAGCUCCAAAAAUCACGAGCUCUUUAAAAACAUCCAAGACAUCCAGAAUCAGAUCGGUAAAAUUGGCCUUAAGGAUCCCACCGCUCCAGCUGUGAAGCAUCGGAAGAAGUCAUUACUCAGGCUGGAUAAGGACCUGGAUGGACUUGAAGAGGAGAAGACGCGCAUACAAAAAAUGGCUAACUCUCUCCCGCAAUUCAAAGAUGGCAGAGAGAAAGUAGUGAUUCAACAGUGUCAAGACACAGCGUCCUUGUGGGAGAAUACGAAAGGCUCUGUCACAGAGAGCCUUGAGCAGUGCGGAAGCGUUCUGGAGCUGUUGAAACAAUACCAGAAUUUUAAAAACAACUUGACAGCUUUGAUUCAAAAAGAAGAGGGCAUCAUCUCCCAGCAAGCUUCCUACAUGGGAAAGGACAACCUGAAGAAGAAGAUAGCCGAGAUUGAAACUGUCAAAGAAGAAUUCAGUGAACAUUUGGAAGUUGUAGACAAGAUAAAUCAGAUUUGUAAAAACCUCCAGUAUCACCUAAAUAAAAUGAAAACCUUUGACGAGCCUCCCUUUGAAAAAGAGGCGAACGCCAUUGUGGAUAGAUGGCUUGAUAUAAAUGAGAAGACAGAAGAAUACGGUGAAAAUCUUGGGCGAGCGCUGGCCCUGUGGGACAAACUUUUCAACUUAAAAACCAAUAUUGACGAGUGGACUGAAAAGACCCUUGGGAAAGUGGAGUCACAUGAGCUGACGGAGGAGGACAGAGAAAAGCUGAAGGAAGAGCUAAAAGUCCAUGAAGAGCAAACUUCAGAAUUUUCCAGGAGAGUGGCUGACAUUCAGUUGCUGCUUCAGAGUAAUGAGAAACCGCUUGAACUGCAGGUCAUGGAGUCCUCUGUCCUAAGCAAGAUGAAAAAUGUCCAAAGGCGUGUCACAGGAGAAUCCAAUAGCUGUGUGCCCAGUGGAAACACAGCUGAGCUGAGGGAGGACCUGGACCAGGCCAAGACCCGGAUGGGGAUGACAGAGUCCCUCCUGAACGCCUUGUCUCCCUCCGAUAGCCUGGAGAUCUUCACAAAACUUGAGGAGAUCCAGCAGCAGAUCUUCCAGCAGAAGCACUGCAUGACGGUCCUGGAGAACCAAAUAGGGUGCCUCACUCCAGAGCUCUCUGACCUGAAAAGGCAGUACGCGAGUGUCAGCGACUUGUUUAACACCAAAAAGAGCGCGCUGCAAGACCACUUCGCCACAUUCCUAAAUGAGCAGUGUAAGAACUUUAAUGACUGGUUCAGCAGCGUCAAAGUGAAUCUGCAGGAAUGCUUUGAACCACCGGAAACAAAACCGAGCAUGGAACAGAAGCUGCAGAAACUUUCUGAUUUCUUGACUCUUGGAGGUGGAACUAGCAAAAUACAGCCGAUGGAGACUGUUCUACAGCACGUGGAGAUGCUCCUCCCCAAAGCUCACGUGAAAGAGCUGGGCAGCUGGCUCAGGAGUCAAGGACUAGAAUUAGAAAACAUGGAAUCCGUCUGCCAGGCCCGGGCAAGGGAGCUGAGGAGCUCCCUUCAGCAGCUGCUGAGAUUGGAAGAUGAAUGCAGAAGCCUAAGUAAGUGGCUGACUAAUCAAGAAGAGAAUUGGAAAGAAAUGGACGCAUCAGGAAAGAGAACGGAUCUGUUUUACCAACUUUUAACUAGGAAGAGGGAGCAGUUUGAGGCUGUGGCCCAGCUGAAUGACUCUCUGAAGGAGCUUGGGCUUACCGAAGGAGACGAGACAAUCAAAGAAUCAACACAUUUGAUUGAUAGAUACCAGACUUUAUUGAGACAAUUACAUGAAAUUGAGGAAGAGGAUAAGUUACCACCUGCCGAAGACCAGAGCUUUAAUGAUCUUGCACAAGAUGUAAUUCACUGGAUAAAGGAGAUUAAAGAGUCCCUUAUGGCUUUGAAUUCAUCAGAAGGCAAAAUGCCACUCGAAGAAAGAAUCCAAAAAAUAAAGGAAAUCAUUUUACUGAAGCCGGAAGGAGAUGCCAGAAUCCAGAUGGUAACGAGACAGGCCGAACACUGUGAGGCCCCACUGGCCCAGGAGUCCCUCACGGAUCUCAGGAACCAAUGGGACAGCACGCUUCAUCUCGCCAACACCUACCUCAGCCAUCAAGAAAAGCUUGUGCUGGAAGGAGAGAAGUAUUUGCAGAGUAAGGAGGACCUGAGGCUGAUGCUCACGGAACUGAAGAAGCAGCAAGAAGCGGGCUUUGCUCUCCAACCCGGCUUGCCAGAGAAGCAAGCCCAGUUAAAAAUUUAUAAGAAAUUCCUCCAGAAAGCCCAAGAUUUGACAUCCUUGCUGGAGGAGCUGAAAUCUCAGGGCAAUUACCUCUUGGAGUGCACUAAAAAUCCUAGCUUCCGUGAGGAGCCGUGGCUGGAAAUAAAACUCCUGCAUGAAAGCCUUCUUCAGCAGCUCCAGGAUUCUGUGCAGAAAUUAGAGGGUCAUGUUCAAGAACACAGUUCAUACCAGGAUUGCCUCGCAGACCUAAACAACACAUUGGGUGACAUCUCCAAGGAGUUUCUCAGCCUUUGUGAUGACUCUGAGGACCAAAUAACGGUUGAGGACAGAAUGCAGAAAUUACAGGCGCUGGAGGGGAGGCUCCGUUUACAAGGCAGCACAUGGAAGAAGGCUUCGGCCUUAGCAAAAUCCAUUAAGCACAACACAUCUUUGGUGGGACAGAAGAUGAUUAAAGAUGACAUGAAAGCGCUUAAAUGUAAACAAAAGGAUUUGGAAAACAGAAUUGAAGCUGCCAAGCAUGAGAGUGAAAAGAGUCUCAACAACAUCCUUCAAUCCAAAGGCUCGACAGAAAAACAUGCAAAGUUUUCUCUGCCAGGCGGAGAGGCGCUAGCCGCUUCCAGUGUGCCCGAGCCCACUCAGAAGUCGGCAGCAGUGGGCGAGUCCCCGAGACGCUGGGAAACAAACGCAAACUCAGCUGUGGAAAUGAUUUUGUCAAAACAACUUUCUCUCAAUGUUCAAGAAAGCAUGCAAAACACCCAAGAUGAGCGGAAAGUCAACGAGCUGCGAAAUCAACCUUUAGAAUUGGACGUGAUGUUAAGAAAUGAACAAUUAAGAGGGAUGGAGGAAUUAUAUACCCAAUUAGAAGCAAGAAGAGCAGCCACUGGACUUCUGGAACAAUCUCAGCAUCUCGGACAAGCAGAAGAGCGAGCCUUGGUCCUGGCCACUGCCCAAUCUUCAGCGUGCCACUUGGACGGUCUCCUGCAGGAGCUUCUUACCUUGAAGAAAACUGCAGAGAGCCAGUAUGGGCUGCUGGAUGGUUUUCAAGACCAGCUGGCUGCAGCAGAAGCCUCACUGAACAGCUUCUUGAUGGAAGUGGAUAGCCUCAAAAUAGGCUCAUUAGACAGUGCAACCUAUCUGGGCAAAAUCAAGAAAUUCCUGGGAUCGGUUGAAAAAGAAAACGGCUCUCUGAGCAGGCUCCGCACGGAAUGGGCGCAUUUAUCCAGCCACCUGACGGCCGAGGAUCAAAAGCUGGUCGAGAGCCAGAUGAGGCACCUUGAACAGGGGUGGGAACUUGUGGAGCACCUGGCUCACAGGAAGUGCUUUCAGCAGGCCACAGAACACAGUGAACUUGCCUGCCUCCUGAAGAAGGCCCAGGACAUCGAGGCUUCUCUGCAUCAGCAGCGACAGAGCCUCCUGCUGGCUCUGAACCCUCCCGAACAACAGGAGGGGGGCGUGGACAUGCUCGCUCCGGCCGCUGAGCUCCAGGCAAUCAAACAUGAGUUUUCUGGCUUUAAGCGGCAAGCUGAGCUGCAGAUGAAGAGACUUUGGGGAGAAAAGGACGAGAAAACCCUGGAGGACGCGAUAGAUAAUUUGAGUAAGCAGCUGGAGGCGCUGGAGCCGUUAAACCGAGAGGUAGAAAAUCAGGUUAAGAAGUCUGGCCUGAGGAACAGGAUGAAGGAGACCCUGUCCUGGGUCAAGAGCAUGUUGGCAGAGCUCACUGCCCCCGUCGCCCUUCUCCCCGACGACAUCCUUUCUCAGAUCAGGAAGUGCAAGUUGAUUCACGAUGGCAUUCUGGGGAAGCAGCAGGCAGUGGAGUCGCUGGUGGAAGAGGUCAGGGGCGUCACCCCCAGCCUGGCAGCCCGUGAGAGGGAUGGCUUGAAGGCUCUCCUGGAGGGCCUACGGCGCCAGUACCAAGCGCUGCUUGUGAAAUCAACCCAGAGGUCACAGAAGCUAGAACGGAAGCUGGAAGAAAGAAGCAAACUGUUCUCAGUUAUAGGGAAGGCCCAGCUCACGCUCGGACAGAGCGAAGCGCUGAUGUUUCCCACCCGGGAAGGAGCCUCCACGGAGGCCGAGCUGGAGCGCCGCCGGGCCGCCUUGAAGGCAUCCCAGCAGCAGCUUGGAGACAUGGAGAGUGGCAUCUCAGCGCACCUUUACGAACUCACAAACGCCUACAAGGAUGCCAAUGUGUUUGAGAGGUUAUGCCUGGAUGACCAGUUAAAAAAUCUCAAAACGAGGGCCAACAGAGCCCAGAGGUUCAUUCAGAACAGCUGUGGCGAACUGGAACACGGGAUGGAGUCUCGCAGAGAAUUCUGCAAGAGAACAGCCGCGCUUCAGGAGGAGCUUGAGAGCAUCCAGCAUGGUGAGCGUCUCCCGCUCCAUCAAGGGCUGGAAGCUAAAGAGGAGCUCGGUCGUCUUAGAGACAGGCUGGCUGUUGUUCGAGGCCGUAUCUCGCAAGUGUCGACCUCUGAAGACGUGUUUGGUGCUGUUGGGCUUAGCUGGGACGGUUCACUGCUGGAGCAGUUGAGAACCCAAGUGUUGGAAAGGGAAAGGGAACUGGAAGAAAAAACUAAGCAGCUGGACGCGUUUUUAAAAGCAUGCGACACAUACCAAGCCUCGCUGAGCAAGAUGAGGGCUUUGGAUUUGCAAAUUAAGGAAAGGGCCGCCUCGCUGCUGAAAGCCCCCAGUACGUCACCAGAAAGUGCCUUGCUCAAUGCACAGAUUCUGAUUCAGAAAAUUAAAAAAGCAAAAUGUUUGCAUGACGAGAUAAUAAAAAACUUAAGCAAAAAUGAGGCUUUUGACAACUCGUUCAGAGAGCGUGAGAUGCUGCAACUAAAGCUAAAUGCAGAAGAAAAUGCGAGGCUUCACGAGGCUCUCCAGAGCAUGCUGCUAGAGUUGCAACAGAAAGGAAUGGGCGGAAGGGCUUCUCAGGAUAAAUUAGAAAAUUCCCUACGUGUUCUAAAGCAAAUCAAGUCUCGGCUACAGCAGCCUUUAUGUGUAAAUUUGGGGAGUCAACAUAUUCAAGAUGAGAAAGAGACUUUAGAAACACUUGACGAGCAAGUUCAGGCAGAAGUGUAUGGCGUUAGAGCCAUGCCAGCGACUGAGGAGCAGAGAGAAGAAAAGGCUUCGGGAACCGGUGACGUGGAGGCAAGUUUACGCGACAUUGAAGGUCUUCAGACAGAGCUCAGCAAAAGCAUUGAUUUUCGCACAAAUCUCCUGAACGAUGCGUAUGAAAAUGUAACCCGCUACGAUGAGGUAGUCACCAGGGCGGUGGGGACCAUCACGUCUCUGGAAGCCAUGCUCCUAUCAUACAGAGUAGACCUUCACAAUCCCAAAGAGUCGCUGGAGCCUGCGCGCCGUAAGCAAGAGGAAUUGCAGGCCACAGUCGCUGACUUACGGAACCUCACAGAGACGUUGGGGGCUAUCUCCAGCCCCGAGGCCAAAGAGCAACUUCAGUGUACUUUACAAACUGUAGAGUCUGAGAACUCAACCUUGAAGGCAAGGCUGGAGGCCCAGGAGGCUGAGGAUGGAAGGUCCCUGGAGAAUUACAGACAAUAUAGGAAAAUGAAGGAAGAAAUUUGCUCUCGGCUCAGGAAAAUGGAGACAGAGCUCAGGCAGUCCAUGUCCCCAAUGCCCAGGUCUUAUAAAGAAGCUUUAGCACGCCUAGAACAGAGCAAGGCCCUAACCUCAAAUCUCCUGUCCGUCAAAGAAGACUUAGUGAAACUCCGUCGGCUCCUCAGACACCUCAGCUGCAGGUGCACAGAAAAUGAUGGCACGUGUGUGCUUGGAGUGGCCUCCGCUCUGUGGGAGAAGUGGCUGGGUUUGCUGGAAGCCGCCAGAGAGUGGCAGCAGUGGAGUGGAGAGCUGAAGAGGGAGUGGAAGUUCAUCAGUGAGGAGAUUGAGCGAGAAGCAAUCAUUUUAGAGGCUCUUCAGGAGGACCUUCCAGAAAUUUCCAAGACAAAGGAUGGAGCUCCCACGGAAGAACUCUGCCAGCUGUGGGACUCUCUGAACCAGCACGAGGAGAGUGCGGAAAAGCAGCUGCUGCUGCUGAGCCUGCUUCUCCAGCGCGUGAGGAGUAUCCAGAACAUUCCCGAAGGCGCGGCAACUGUGGAAACCAUCCCGGCAUGUGAAGAGAUUAGGUCUAUGCAGGAGCGGUGCAACAGGCUUCUUCAGACAACUCAAAAGAAUAAGGACUCGGUUCAGACCGAAAUCCAGGCACGGCAUUUUUUCAUAAAGGAAAUAAAUGAUGUGAAGCAUUUAUUUGAACAGAUCUCAACUUCUUCCCAAGAUUUGGCAACAGAAGGCCAUCCAGAAAGGGCAGAACGGAUAGAGGAGCUGCGAGGCGUUCUUCAGAGAGGCAAGCUGACUUUUGAGAGCAUUAUGGAAAAGCUGCGCAUCAAGUAUUCCGAGAUGUACAGCAUAGUCCCCUCGGAGAUUGAACCCCAGGUGGGAGAGUGCAGGAGAGCGAUGGAAGAUGCCCACGACAAGAUGAGCAGUGAGGUCUCAAAGAGUUCGCCAUCCUGUGUCAUGAGGAAGAAAAUAGAGGAAAUUAACAAUGGGCUGCACUGCCUUGAAGAAAUGCUGCAGCAGAAAAGCAAGAACAUUGAGGAAGCUCAGGAAAUUCAAAAGAAAAUAUGGGACGGGCUGGACCACUGGCAUUCCAAGCUGAAUGAGCUGGACUCUGAAGCGCAGGACUUCGCCGAUCAGGACCCAGCCCAGGCUCAAGAAUGGAUGGAUGACUUGAUGGCUCCUUUCCAGCGACACCAGCAAGUAUCCCAGAGAGCGGAAUCCAGAACCUCGCAGCUCAACAAGGCCACCAUCAAGAUGGAAGAAUAUAGUGAUCUUCUGAAGAGCACAGGGGCGUGGAUAGAAAAAACCAGUCGUUUGCUGGCCAGUCCCAUCUGCUAUGACUCCUCAAGGACCCUGAGCCACCGGGCCAGCACCCUUCAGAUGGCUCUGGAAGACUCGGAGCAGAAACACGGCCUUCUACAUUCAAUUUUCACGGAUCUGGAAGAUCUGUCCGUCAUUUUCGAAACGGAUGACUUAAUCCAGUCUGUCCACGCGUUGAGUGGCCAGGUGGCCGCUUUGCAGCAGCAGGUGGCAGAGGCCCUUCCACACGUCCAGCAGGUGGCAGACGAUGUGGUUGCUAUCGAGUCCGAAGUUAAAUCAAUGGAGAAAAAGGUUGCGAAAAUCAAAGCUAUCCUGUUAUCCAAAGAAAUAUUUGAUUUUUCACCUGAAGAACAUCUCAAGCACGGGGAGGUCAUACUUGAAAACAUCCAUCCUAUGAAAAAGACUAUUGCUGAGAUCCUGACUUACCAAGUGGAACUAAGGCUGCCCCAGACAGGAAGCAAACCUCUGCCUGUGUUCCAGAGGACAAACCGGCUUUUACAAGAUGUGAAGCUGUUGGAAAAUGUGACCCAGGAGCAAAAUGAGUUAUUGAAGGUUGUUAUGAAACAGACCACGGAAUGCGAUGAAGAAAUAGAAAGUCUGAAACAGAUCUUGAAUAACGAUUCAGCUGAGCUCCCGCCUGAACGUGCGCCACAUGACCUGCCUUCCUUCCAGGGAGAGAUUGGAGGGUUGGAAGAGCAGAUUCUGAAUCUAAACCAGAAAAAAGAAGAUCUGUUGGUGGGCUUGAAGGCUGCUGUAUUAAACCUUCACGAGCACCUGAAGCAAGAACAGCAAGAGGGAGGAGAGAAGCCAUCCGCAGACACCUUAGAAGAGUGCGCAGUGCCGGAGAGGAGCGCUUCAGAAAGGAAGCUGAACAGAACAAGCUCCAUGUCUUUCCUGCCAGUGGUCAAGGAGGAGGCAGAGGAAAGCUCUGUGAAGAGUGAGGAUGGACACAGCAGAGCACAGCCACCCUCUGCUCCCUGGCCUCCUCUGUGGAAGCUCAGAAAGGACCUGGAGGAGGAUGGUGCAUCCUCAUCGUCUGCCACUCUCGUACAGGAGGCAGACGGGAGAAUUAGCACCUGUGACAGUUCCAUGGCACACAUUACUGUACCAGACUCUGGAAGCACCGAGCAAGGCCCAGAACCUUCCCCCAGGCUCAGCCAAACACAAAAGGGAGCUUCCCAGGCCACCGUGGAGAGAGGUAGGCCUCAGCCUGCAGAAGUCCUCCAUGCCUGCAAGACCCGGGUGGCCGAGCUGGAGCUGUGGCUGCAACAAGCCAACGUGGCGUUCGAGCCGGAAACCUUAGACACAGACAUGCAGCAGGUGGUGGAAGAGGAGCUGGCUGGGUGCCAGGCUAUGCUGACAGAGAUUGAGCACAAGGUCGCCUCUCUGUUAGAGACUUGCAAAGACCAGGGCCUGGGCGACUGUGGGGCCACUCAGCAGGAGGCCGAAGCCCUUUCCUGGAAACUCAAGACUGUGAAGGGCAACUUGGAAAAGGUCCAGAUGAUGCUUCAGGAGAAGUACAGCGAGGACCAGCAUUUCACCGCUCUCAAGAAACUGUCAGAGCCCCUCACUGCCCUCCAGCCAGUUAGCCUUUCUGAGCUGGAGUCCGUCACAACUGAAAGGCCACAGUUUAGCAGACAGAAAGACCUUCCCCAGCCACAGGUUCUGGAGUUAAAACCAUUGGAACAGAAAGAUUUAAUCAAGUUCACAGAAUUUAAUGCUAAGAAACCAUGGCUGCAGCGUUGCCAAGAGGAUAAAGUUGCAAAUCAGCUGUCAGCUUCGAGCAGCAAGGCCCCUAGUCCUGGAAAUGCAGCUCCAGAUACAGCCUUGCCACGCCAGGGCCAGAGUGGAGAUAAAUGGCAGUAUCUUCACCACGAACUAGCCUCAAGACCAAAUCCCCCUGUGCCUCAGCUCGUGGAGCCCCAGGUGGCCACAGUGACGAGCACUCUGCCCAGUGUGAGUGUGUAUAACUUCAGGGGCCCUACAGCCGACGAGCUGCAGACUUACACCGCCCAGCUAGAAGAUCUACGGCAAGACGCAAAGGACAUUCAGACACGGGGAAGUAUGACAGAAGAAACAUACAUCAAUUUGGAUAGAAGAUUAUUUGAACUCUUCCUGAGCCUCAGCCGGUGCCUGGGCAGUGUGGAGGAGCUGCUGCAGAGACCCGGGCUGCUCAGGGAGGAUGCGUCUGCCCAGCAGGUGCUGUUCGAGAAACUGGCUCUAGAGCUGAAGAAACUUUAUUUAGCCCUGGGCGACAAGAAGGAUGAUCUUCUGAAAGCUGUGACUUGGCCUGGCAAGGACGCCACGUUGCUACCUGAGUGUUUGAACGCUCUGGAAGUCAGCCUGGAGAGUGCCCAGGCAAGAGCUGCUUGGAGAAGCUCAUCCCUGAAGGCUGGCCUUGACCACAGCCGCAGCUAUCAGAAUGAAAUAAAGCGAUUAUACAAUCAACUCAUUAAGAAGAAGAUGGCUUUACAGCAGUCUCUGAAUGAAGCCAGUGGGCAGAGCAUUGGCGAACAGCUUCAGAAAGCAGAUGUGCACACAGCGGAGCUGCAGAACUGCGAGAGGCAAGUCACCAAACUAAGAAAGGAAGGAGAGAGGCUCCGUUUCCCUCAUGCUUUACUCCAGGACGUUUACAAGUUAGAGGAUGUUCUUGAGAGUAUGUGGGGCAUCCUGAGAGCCAGAUACUUCGAACUCAGCAGCCCGUUCCUCUCCAAGAGCCAGCAGGGCGCCCUGCUUCAAGGCAUGGCGGAGCUAGUCAGUAUUGGAAGAGAGAAGCUUGCAGCUGGCCCUUUACAGCAUGCCAAGAGUAAAGAUGCUUUGCAGGCGCAAUUACAAGAUCACAAGGGAUUUUUCCAGAAGCUGGUGGCUGACAUGUUGCUGAUUCAAACCUAUUCGGCCAAAAUGUUCCCGCCUUCGUUACAGAAGGGAGAGGGAUUUGGGGCAGAACGAGCGGCAGAAGUGAGAGCUGUGGAGGAAGAGGCCUGCCUGCAUGGCGCCAGGCUUCAGAGUGUGCUGGAGAAAUGGGAAGAGUUUGAUGAAAACUAUGCAGCUCUUGAGAAGGACCUGGAAGUUCUCAUCUCUUCACUGCCCUCUGUGAGUCUGGUGGAAGAGACGGAGGAGCGGCUGCUGGAAAGGAUCUCAUUUUACCAGCAAAUAAAAAGAAACACUGAUGGAAAGCAUGUGCGGCUUUGCCAAACCUUGAAUGAAGGCAAACAGCUGGCGGCAUCUGUGAGCUGCCCCGAGCUAGAGGGCCAGAUCGCGAAGCUGGAAGAGCAUUGGCUGUCCCUCAACAAGAGAAUUGACCAGGAGCUCCACCGGCUGCAGUCACUCCUGAAGCACCUUCUCAGUUACAGCAGCGGUUCAGCCGAGCUCACCAGGUGGUUGGAAUCGGCUCAGCAAACGCUGAAUUACUGGAAAGAGCAAUCCCUCAAUGCAUCUCAGGACCUGGAUACCAUCAGAAGCAGCAUCGGCAGAUUCUUUGAAUUUUCCAAGGAAGUUGAUGAGAAGUCCUCCCUGAAAUCUGCAGUGAUGAGUACCGGGAACCAACUUCUCCACCUGAAAGAGGCGGACACGGCCGCGCUGAGAGCCUCCUUAGCACAGUUUGAACAGAAGUGGACGGAGCUCAUAACUCAGCUUCCCGACAUCCAAGAGAAGCUUCACCAGCUUCAGAUGGAGAAGCUGCCGUCUCGAGAAGCGAUCUUCGAGAUGAUCAGCUGGAUGAAUUCCGUGGAGCCUCAGGUGGCAGGUGGGGACGCUGAGCUCCAGCAGUGUUCUGCGUCUCAAGUGAAGAGCCUUCUGCAGAAGCUCAAGGAGUUCAGGAUGGAAAUGGACUACAAGCAGUGGAUAGUGGACUUUGUCAACCAGUCACUGCUUCAGCUGAGCACCUGUGAUGUAGAAAGCAAGCGCUACGAAAGGACGGAGUUCGCGGAGCACCUGGGGGAGAUGAACCGCCAGUGGCAGCGAGUGCACGGGACCCUGAAUAGAAAGAUUCAACAUUUAGAACAACUUUUGGAAAGUAUCACUGAGAAUGAAAACAAGAUACAGAAUUUGAACAGUUGGUUGGAGGCACAGGAAGAGAGACUGAAGAUGCUGCAGAAACCCGAAAGUGCUGUCUCCAUGGAGAAGUUGCUCCUGGACUGCCAGGAUAUAGAAAAUCAGCUCGCCAUGAAAUCCAAAGCCCUGGAUGAGUUGAGACAGAGUCCUCUGACUUUGGAGGGGGGAGGCGUGCCAUUGUUAGAGGACAUGGCGUCUGGAAUUGAUGAGCUGUUUCAGAAGAAGGGUCACGUGACCAGCCAGGUCCAUCAGCUCAGAGCCUCCGUGCAGUCGGCGCUGCAGGAGUGGAAGGCCUGUGAGAAGCUCUACGAUGAGGCCAAUAUGAUGACAACCCAACUGGCAUACUCCAUGGAGCACAGCAAGCCUGCGGUCUUAUCACUGGAGGCCUUGGACUGCCAGGUGCAGAAGCUCCAGGCCCUUCAAGAUGAAGCUGAGAGCAGGGAAGGCAGCUGGGAGAAACUGCAGGAGGUUAUUGGCAGGCUCAAAGAUUCCUGCCCCUACGUUGCUGGGAUAAUUGAGGAGAAAUGCCAGGAUGCUCAUUCAAGGUGGACCCAGGUGAACCAAGACCUCGCAGACCAGCUGCAGGAGGCCCGCGGUCAGCUUCAGCUCUGGAAGGCUGCUGACGGCGCUCACACAGAGGCCGCAGCCCGGCUCCAGCAGCAGGAGGCGAGGUUCCAACAGCUUGCCAAUAUCAAUAUGUCUGGAAACAACCUGGCAGACAUCCUGCCACCGGCCCUGCAGGACAUCAAGGAGCUGUGCCAUGAUGUCCUGAAGACUAAAGAGGCCUUCCUUGAAAAUUCCACCCUCUUGGAUCAGCUCCCACGGCCUGCAGAGCGCAGCACCCCUGGCCUCCAUUCCGGACAACUGCAUGCCCUCCAAACAGCUGCCUAUCUGGAAAAGAUGCUGCUGGCGAAAUCAAAUGAAUUUGAGAUUGUUCUGGCGAAGUUUAAGGAUUUGGGCGACCGACUGACAUAUUUAAAAGAUCUUAUUAUGCACGAGGAAGAAAAUUUGAAUAAACUUUACCAGGAAGAGAAAGAGGAAGUUCCUGACUCGUUCCUGAACCAUGUGCUGGCACUGACAGCCCAGUCACCUGACAUUGAGCGUUUGAAUGAGGAGAGCCUCAGGCUCCCCCUCAGCGACAUAACAAUAAAAACAUUACAAAAUGUUAACCGGCAGUGGAUCCGAGCUACGGCCACAGCGCUGGACCACUGCAGCAAACUUCAGGGAAACGGGCUGAAUGCAAAGUUCCUUCAUUACUGCGAAAAAUGGAGCCAGCUUCUGGAGAAGAUACAAGAAUCCCUCACAGAGAAUGUUGCCCAUGACCUCCCAGCACUCCUGGAGCAGCAGAAAACCUAUGAGAUGUUGGAAGCUGAAGUCUCUGUGAGCCAGACCAUUGCCGAUGCUUACGUGGCCCAGUCCUUACAGCUUCUGGACACAACAGAAAUACAGUGCAGACCAGAAUUUGUCUCCGAGUUCUCAAAGCUGUCAGAGCGAUGGCAGAGUGCUGGCCGGGCUGUUCAGCAGAGGAAGUGUGACAUUGACCGGCUGGUGACGCAGUGGCGCUUCUUCACCACCUCUGUGGAGGACUUGCUCCGUUUCCUCGCUGACACCGGCCACCUACUGUCCGCACUGAAGGAACGGGACCAUUCCAGCCCCUGCCAAACCAGACGCCUGAUCCACGAGCUGAAGAACAAAGAGAUCCAUGUUCAGAGGUGGCGAACCACCUAUGAACUGGCCUUGGAAGCUGGGGAGAAGUUACGGGACACACCCAACCUGGAGACUAAAGAGUUCAUCGACAGGCAAGCCAGCAGGCUUCAGGACACCUGGAAGGACACGGAGCUGAGCCUGAGAGAGAUGAUCAGACAGCUGCAGAGCACUGCAGAGACCUGGGACCAGUGUGAAAAGAGAAUCAAGGAGCUGAAAAGCAGGCUGCAAGUUCUGAACGCACAAAGCAAAGAUCCUCUUCCCGAACUUCACGAGGACCUCCACAAAGAAAAGGAGCUGAUUAAGGAGGUAGAGGCGUCUCUGGCUCACUGGACACACAACUUGAAAGAACUUCAAGCUAUGAAGGCCGACUUGAGCCAGCACAUCCUGGCGGAGGACGUGACGGUCCUCAAGGAGCAGAUCGAGCUUUUGCACAGACAAUGGGAGGACCUCUGCCUGAGAGUGGCUGUCCGCAAGCAGGAGAUUGAAGACAGACUCAAUUCAUGGAUCGUGUUCAAUGAAAAAAACAAAGAACUGUGUGCUUGGCUGGUACAGAUGGAAAACAAGGUUCUACAGACAGCUGAUAUUAGCAUUGAAGAAAUGAUUGAAAAGUUACAGAAGGACUGCAUGGAAGAAAUAAGCUUGUUCAGUGAAAACAAGCUCCAGCUGAAGCAGCUGGGUGACCAGCUGAUCAAGGCCAGCAGCAAGGCCAAGGCGGCCGAGACGGAGGACAAGCUCAGCAAAGUCAACGAUCGCUGGCAGCACCUCUUUGAUGUCAUUGGAUCGAGGGUGAAGAAGCUGAAAGAGACAUUUGCUUUCAUCCAGCAGUUAGACAAAAACAUGAGCAACCUGCGCACCUGGCUGGCGCGAAUCGAGUCCGAGCUCUCCAAGCCCGUCGUGUAUGACGUGUGCGAUAACCAGGAGAUCCAGAAGAGGCUCGCAGAGCAACAGGAUCUGCAGCGCGAUAUCGAACAGCACAGUGCAGGGGUGGAGUCUGUGUUCAACAUCUGUGAUGUCCUACUGCAUGACUCUGACGCCUGUGCGAACGAGACGGAGUGUGACUCAAUCCAGCAGACCACCAGGAGCCUGGACAGGCGCUGGAGGAACAUCUGUGCCAUGUCGAUGGAGCGGCGCAUGAAAAUCGAGGAGACCUGGCGGCUGUGGCAGAAGUUUUUAGAUGACCAUUCCCGCUUCGAGGACUGGCUCAAGUCUGCCGAGAGGACGGCGGCCUGCCCGAAUUCCUCCGAGGUGUUGUAUACAAAUGCCAAGGAGGAGCUGAAGAGGUUUGAGGCCUUCCAGCGGCAAAUUCAUGAGAGGCUGACCCAGCUGGAGCUCAUCAACAAACAGUACCGCCGGCUGGCUCGGGAGAACCGCACGGACACGGCCAGCAAACUGAAGCAGAUGGUGCAUGAGGGCAACCAGCGCUGGGACAAUCUGCAGAAGCGGGUCACGGCCAUUCUACGGAGACUCAGGUACUUCACCAACCAGAGGGAAGAAUUUGAGGGCACCAGGGAGAGCAUCCUGGUGUGGCUCACGGAGAUGGACCUGCAGCUGACCAACGUGGAACACUUCUCCGAGAGUGACGCCGAGGACAAGAUGCGCCAGCUGAAUGGCUUCCAACAGGAAAUCACCCUGAACACCAACAAGAUCGACCAGCUCAUUGUGUUCGGGGAGCAGCUCAUUCAGAAAAGCGAGCCCCUGGAUGCCGUCCUGAUCGAGGACGAGCUGGAAGAGCUCCACCGAUACUGUCAGGAGGUGUUCGGCAGAGUGUCCCGCUUUCACUGUCGCCUGACCUCGCACGCCCCGGGCUUAGAAGAUGAAAAGGAGGCCUCGGAGAAUGAAACGGACAUAGAAGACCCGAGAGAGAUCCAGGCUGACUCCUGGCGUAAGAGGAGAGAGAGCGAGGAGCCCUCGUCCGCCCAGUCUCUGUGCCACCUCGUGCCCCCGCCCCUGGGCCAUGAGCGAUCCGGCUGUGAGACCCCUGUCAGUGUGGACUCGAUCCCUCUGGAGUGGGACCACACAGGUGACGUGGGGGGCUCCUCUUCUCACGAAGACGACGAGGAGGGCCCGUUCUACAGCGCACUGUCAGAUGUAGAAAUCCCCGAAAAUCCUGAGGCUUAUCUUAAAAUGACCACAAAAUCUUUGAAAGCAUCUUCUGGUAAAUCCAUUUCCGAGGACCACCCGUGGCAUGUUCCCGACAGCCCCUCCCAUCCCAAGCAUCACUACAAACAAGUGGAAGGCGACAGGACUGUAGCACCAGCCCCUGCGGAUGCCAGCACCCCUUACAAACCAGCCUAUGUCAAGCUGCUGUUACGUCAAGGCGCUGAUGAUGACAAAGGUGGCCCGAAGGGUUCAAAGGACAGCGCCCAGCAGGAAGAUGAGCAGUUGGCCACUUCAUCGGAGGAGAAGCCAGGUGCCUUCGACAGGUGGGAGCUGAUCCAAGCGCAGGAGCUUCCCGGCAAGCUCCGGCUGAAACAGCAAGCGCAGCGGCUGCAUUCUGAGGUCGGCGACAUCGCUGCCUGGCUCGAGAAAACGGAAGCAGAGCUGGGCGCCCUGAAGCUGGCAGCCCCUCCCUCUGAUACCCAGGAAAUGGCACUCAGGGUGAAGAGGCUGCAAGAGCUACUAAAAGCCUUUGAUACCUACAAGGCUUUAAUGGUCUCUAUCAACGUGAGCCACGAGGAAUCUCUGCCAAGCCAGAGCCCCGAGUCCACAGAACUCCAAAAUAGGCUCCAUCAGCUGAGCCUGUCCUGGGAUGCGGUCCAGGGCAUGAUGGACAGCUGGAGAGGAGACUUACGACAGUCACUCAUGCAGUGCCAGGACUUUCACCAGCUGAGUCAAGACUUGCUCCUGUGGCUAGCCAGUGCAGAGAGCCGCAGGCAGAAGGCUCAAGUCACCGGCCCUGAGGCAGACCGCCAGGUUCUCCUGGAGUGUCAGAGAGAGCUGACGCAACUGGAAAAGGAGUUGGUAGACCGUCAGCCUCAGGUCAGCUCCUUGCAGGAGAUUUCCUCCAGCCUUCUCGUUAAGGGGCACGGAGAAGACUACAUUGAGGCCGAAGAGAAGGUCCACGUGAUCGAGAAGAAGCUCAGACAGUUGCGAGAGCAAGUGGCUCAAGACCUGAUGUCCUUGCAGAGAAACCUGAAUCCAGACCCUUCUCUGGCCAGCUUUGAUGACGUGGACUCCGGGGAACGGCUUCCAGCACCCUCUGCAGUCGCUUCCUAUGCAAAGUUUGGGACAGAGAGAUCUACAGAGGAGGAGGAGGAGGAAGAGGAGGAGGAGGAAGAGGAGGAGGAGACAGACAACAGGAUGCCCCGUCUUGAUGGCCCCAGCAGCUCCCAGCCCAAGCGCUCCUUCCUCUCAAGGGUGAUCCGGGCAGCCCUGCCCUUGCAGCUGUUGCUGCUGCUGCUGCUGCUCCUGGCCUGCCUGCUGCCGGCCUCCGAGGACGACUACAGCUGCACCCAAGCCAACAACUUCGCCCGGUCCUUCUACCCCAUGCUGCGGUACACCAACGGGCCGCCGCCCACCUAGAGGGCGCUGCCAGCUGCAGCGCCACGCCAGCAGCCUGUUGGCCACAGGCGCUCAGCUGCUGUCAGGCCAACCCAUGAGUGACUCUUAGCCUUGCCAAGGCCCAGGGACCUGCUGCAGACACCUCCCUCCUCUUGUCCACAUGGACCCUGGGGGCCCAGGACUGCUCAGAAAAGAUGUCCUUCUGGGGGACAGGAGGACAGCAGGACCUGGCAUUCAGACAAAGCUAGCAGAUGAGUUCAGAGAACUCUGGGAAGGGGGGCUUCCCCCAAGAGCCACGCACUUUGUAAAACACUGUUUUUGCAGCACAGCUGAUAAGGCCCAUGAACACGUAAAUAAAUGAAUACGUAAAUAAAUGAACCAUGUCCAGGAAGCUAAUGGGUACCUACCUUAGUAAUGGUUCGGGAACUCUUAUGCACUGAGCUGGUUGGUUGAGUCAAACACAUUUUAAGUGUUUAGAAUCAGUUUUUUUGUUUGUUUUUCUCCAAUCAGCUAGUGGUUUGUGUGCAGGGGUCCUAAACCAAAAUCUCCCAUCCAGUCCCUAGGUCGGUUCUUUUAUACUGCUUUAAAAUUUUCAAAGAAAUUUUAUUGCAUGGAUGUGGUUAUUUGUGCAUAUUUUUUAACAAUGCUGAAUCUGUAUGGAUAAUGUAAACUUUGA